AUGAGUGAGUGCUCGUGGAAGCGCGCUGCAAACAUGUCGAUGGUGGCUGCUGAAGCUUGACUUUGGCAACGAGUCCAGGUGGCCAUUGGCACAGACAUGUCAUCCGUGAGCUUUAGUUCCAGGCGAGAUUCCAAGAGGAGCAGCAAGCAUCGCCGCCACACGGAAAACUCCAGUAACUUCUUGCCCCUUCCAGCCUCGGUGAGAUGGCAUCGUAUUUUUUGUAUGUGUACAUUUCUGCUUGUGGUGGCAUUUUUGCAAUCCUUUACUUUGGGUUUUGAUUUUUUUUCGUUUCAUGGUUGUUGUCGCAGGAUUACGAACGACUUCAAGCUGAAGGUGUUGAACCAUGCGAUGCAAGAAUUAUUAUUUUGGGCUCCUAUGGAAGACUCAUGUAAUUGCUGUCAAGAACACUGUCAGUUCAGCGGUUGUCAUCAUGCAAGCAAUUGGCCGCUGAUCUGCUUGCUCUUUGUACUACUAAAGGGGAUAUGGAUCAGAAGCCGCAAUGGUGCGCGUGACGACAUGUCUAACACUUGCCUGACCCUGGACUCUGGCUUCUUCUUGCAAGUUGACCAUACUAUUGUGAGGAUCUCGGCCAGGAUCAUUCUUUAUAUCAUGUUGGAUCAUCUUCGAAUUUGUAGAGUAAUUUAUUGUCUAAGAAUGUACUCACAGAACACAAUCAGUGUGGUCGUGCUUUUCUACACUUCUGUCCAGAGCAAUGGGAUAUGUAUUCUGUACUGUACGGCUACCCUCUAA